AUGGCGGCGAUAGGCGGCCACCCUUACUCGCCAAGUGACCUGGAGCUCCCCGGUUUCGUGCCGCAGCAGCUUUCACCCCUCCAACUCGUGGUGCCCCUCAUAGGCACUUCCCUCUUGGUCAUCGCGGUGAUCUGGCUUGUCUCAGGCCGUGUCCUUAAUACCGGAAGAUCCGCCAGAUUAUCCAAGGCCGACCGUUUGAUCAUGUGCUGGUGGGCAAUCACUGGGUUGACCAACCUAAUCAUCGAAGCAUCCUUGCUCUUCACCCCCAAUUACCUUACCAAGGAAAGCCCCAGUUUUUUCGAUGAAAUAUGGAAAGAGUACAGCAAAGCCGACUCCAGAUAUGCCACCGGGGACACCACAACCGGCGCGAUCGAAGUCAUUGCGGUUUUUCUACAAGGCCCUGCAUCACUUCUUGCUGUCUAUGCUAUUGCUUCCAGAAAGUCCUACAGCUACAUUCUACAGUUCAGUGUAUCUAUGGGCCACAUCUACGCAAUGCUGGUUUACUACAUUACUGCCUACUUAGACGGCAUGAACUUCUGCGUCAGUCCAUUCUACUUCUGGACAUAUUUUGUUGGUGCAAACUCUCCAUGGGUUGUGAUUCCAACGCUGAUAGCAAUAAGGAGCUGGAAGUUGAUAAGCCAAGCAUUUCAGUCUUGCAAGGUGAAUCAAGACUAA